AUGCCUCUUAAAGCUGUCGACGAGGGGAAAAGGCGAUCUAGAACACGCUCCAAGAUCGCCUUGGCGUGUAACUCGUGUAGGGAGAAGAAGAUCCGCUGUGACGGAACAAAGCCCAUAUGUGGACCAUGCGUGAGGCGUUCAUAUCGGAAUGAUCAGUGUGUCUAUAACCCGGAAAACUCCCGGUCCACAAGCAGGGACGAAUACCUCCAUGCUCUUCAUCAGCGAAUCAAAGACUUGGAAGAUAUCUGUUCAAGGGCCGGGGUAGUUGUCCACAAUCCCUCAACUCCACAAAGUGGACUGCCCCUUGACUCCACCGGACACGGCGAGACGCCACCACAAGGGGCCAGCUUGUCCUCCGCUCCCCGCCAUUCAGAACAUGAAUCUAUGGGGCAGAAUCCGACCCCUGUAACGUCCAAUACCAGGCUGGCUCCGGCGUGCAUACUGCCAGGCACUCAAGGUGAACAUGACAACAGCCACACUAGGUCGGCAGAAGAAGAUGCUACAGAUAUCUAUGAAUCUCCAUUAUUUGAUGAGGGCGAAGGCCACAUAGCGGGUAUGGGCCAAAUCAUCCUGUCAGGGGCAGGAAGUGAAGAGCAACGGGGGUCCACCCGACUCCAAUACUAUGGCACUUCAUCGACGGCCUCUCUCAUGCGUUUUGCAUGGCAAAGGAUGCCCUCGCGGCCAGCAGGCACUUCAGCCGAAACACGAUACAGCAGGCUUCAGGACACAUCCGACAACUACGGGAUCGAUGAUUUUUUGUUACCGCCGCGAGCGUUUGCAGAUCAACUUGUAAAACACUUUUUCGAUAAAGUCUUUAAUCUCUACCCGUUUUUCCACCGUCCGUCCUUCGAAGCGGCCUAUCGGAAUCUCUGGCGCGCAGAGGACGAGCCAAUCAUCGCAGCUCCUACGGUUUUACAGGUUGGACUGGGCUCGAGCGCGGAGUCGGGACCUAAAUCCAUCGUGUUCCAGUGUGCCCUGAAUUUGAUCUUUGCUUUAGGCUGUCAGUUUGCAGACAUUGCCCCAGAAGAAGCUGAGGCUGUCGCAAACUCUUUCUUCCUUCGAGCAAAGAAAUUCAUCGGGCUCGAUUUCUUGGACAUCAACACCCUCGGCGUGGUGCAGACUUUACUGAUCACAGCACUUUUUCUGCAGAGCUCUCCGUAUCCUAGCCGUUGCUGGCAUUCUGUCGGGAACGCCUGCAGGGUGGCCGUCGUCCUCGGACUGCAUAGAUCAGAUAUUCUCGCUACAUUAUCACCGUUGGAGUCUGAAAUUCGUAGGCGGACGUGGCAUGGAUGCGUGAUGAUGGACAUACCAAGCAUGACCUCACACCUGGCCCCUGUUCCCAGACCAGACGGUUUGAAAACAUAUGAACGUCAAGAAGGGGGCGAGGAACCUUCCUUGAUGGCAUUUUACAACGAGUCGAUCAAGCUGUAUGAUAUAUUGGACAUCAUUCUAGCAGACAUAUACCAAGCUUGGUCUGGCCGGCUACGCCGGGAUCAGCUCCAAACCUCAAACAUGAACCUUGGGAGCCUCGAUAUUGUCCUCAGAGUCGAGAAGGAGCUGGCCUUUUUCGAAGCGAACCUUCCUCCUUUCCUGAAGUGGAUCUCCGGACCACCUGAAGGACUUUCUUGUCCGGAAUCGAACACAGCCAUUUCCCAGCAAAGGAAUGUAUUACGUGCCAGAUAUAUCCAUCUUCAUCUUCUCCUAUACCGCCCGAUCUUCACCCAACUCUAUUCGAACCGAAACUCCUCAUGUGGGCUAGAGAUGCAAAGACCCCUCUAUUCUUCCAUGUUUAGCAAAUGCGCGACCGCAUGUGUGACGACCGCUAUCGACCUCACGCACCUAGUCCAAGAGACCUAUCAGACGAAAGCCACUGAUGCAUGGUGGUACAACGGGUUCUAUCAAUCUACUCUGGGUAAAACACGGGAUGCUUGGAAAGAGGCCAUAAGUAUUCUGGAGUCGAUGACUACAUUUUGCCGCUCUGCCACCAACACUCUCCAAUUUCUGCAGGCUGCUUAUCAUCAAGCAGUUCCCAAUGGUCAACAACAGGUAGUUGUAGAGGGUGAUGCCUCACAGAUCCAUCAAACCAGUAACUCAUGUGAUCUUCCGAAUAGCGGUCCAACCCAAAUCUCCACUUUCGACUGGGAGGAAUUCGCGGAGAGCAUGGUACCUGGAUUAGAUGAUUUGGGGUUCUUGACGGAGUUCAACUUUCAUGGCGCCUUAGAAUGA